GCGAGUACAUUGAUGAUUGAAAUUUGAAAGACUGAGAAAGACGCCUUUAUUUGAAUAUUGUACGGACUAGCGACUCUGAUUACUUCAGUUUAGAUUUCAAUGAGCGAUCACGGCGUCAGCCAAACAAACGAUUCAGAAACGGAAGAAAAACAAGUAGAAGUAGGAGAAAAAGAAGAAGAUGAAGAGGAGGAGUUGCGUAAGCUUCUGGUCCCUAACGUACACGAUCUUCCUCUCACUCCUCCCUCCGCCGUUGAUUUCAACUUCGUCACCUACUUUGCUCCAGAUUUUAUAAAACCAGGACAUGAUCAGUACGUUUACCGCCAUGCGAAUGGUUUGUGCGUAAUCGGUUUGGCUCCGACGCAUGUGGCUUUUAAGGAUGAAGGUGGAAUCACCGCCGUUGAUUUCAAUGUUGGCAAGUCUGAUCGCAGUAACUUUAAGGUCACCGGGAAGCGAAAGAAGAAUGCCCAACACUUUGAGUCGAACACUGCUUUAUGUAAAGUUUGCACCAAUAACGAGUCUUAUAUUGUGAGGUGUUGUGUUAAAGGCUCGCUAUUGGAAGUGAAUGAUAGAUUGAUUAAACAGCCGGGAUUGCUCAAUUCAUCGGCUGAUAGAGAAGGAUACAUUGCAAUAAUCAUGCCAAAACCAGCAGAUUGGAUGAAGAUCAAGAGCUCACUCAUUGUUAGCAUUGAAGAAUACAAGAAAAUGAGAGAAGCUAACUAAAUUAUUGGAACAUCCGAAGAAAAACAAGAUAUUCAUCCUCACGAAGUGUUUGCAUUUCAGAUCCCCCAGCAUCAGUUAUUUCAUGAGCCUUCCCAGGCAGAACUAGCAACUUAUAACAGGGUUGAUGAUAAUUAUUUUGUUAACAUCUUCUAAUCUCGUUUGUGAGGAUGAUUUGUAUUGUGCCAUUUGUAUGUUAUGCUAAAUUAUCUAUUUUUCCCAGGCCAUGAUUAAGAUAUCAUGGUCAAACUAACUUAUAUUUUUUAAUCUUAAUUCUUAGCAAGCA